CAAGCGUAGCUUAACCUGAGAUUCGCGGGAAGUUUAAAAUAACGGGGUCAUGUGACCAGAUUUAUCGCUGCAAACGAGCGUCGAGCGACUGCAUGAGGCCGCACCUUAAGCACAUCUGACUUACAUUGUAUGGUAACACUGACAAUAAAAAAAACAUGUAUGUUGUGAUUUCUGGUUGCUAUGGUAACUGCGUCUGACAGGCAACAAACACUAAAUUACUGACUGAAUCAAUUAUUGAUUUUAAUUAUGAUAAUAUGUGAUCGCUACCAAGAUUUGCAAAAUAAUCUGCAAUAAUAUGUGAUUUAAUAAGAAUCCAACUAAAUAAGAUUCUUCAUGGCAGAAUUGCAUAUCUUAGGACAAAUAAGGUUCGCUUCUGAAUUUCAAGAGACAUCUUCGCUAUUUUGCCGCUAUUCCUUUCAAUCCGGUCCAAACUGGACAGUUGUGUCUGGUUGGCCAGAGGGGCAGACGGUUUCAGGUAAAGUAGAUAACGAUAAAUCGGUUGUCUGGGCUCAUCCAUUGGAUAUUCAUUAUGUAACCAAAGGAGUCCAAGGUUGGCCUAAAAUAAUUUUUCAAGUGAGCUGCCUUGAUUCUAUUGGGAGGUCUUGGAUAGUAGGGUAUGGCUGUUGCAGCUUGCCAGCUGUGCCGGGACCUCACAUUAUUAAUGUAAAUUGUUGGGUUCCAACUCCAACUACAUUAACAGAUAGGAUCCGACAAUAUUUUCUGGGUGGUUCUCAUCAACUUAUUCAAAGUGAUGUGGUUAAUUUAGGUUUAAAUCGAUUUAAAUUAAAAACUAAAUCAAAGGGCUCUAUUCAAUUACAAGUAACUUUACUGCUAAGGAAUUUUAGUCAGUUUGGUGUAGAGUAUAAAUGAAAACAUGAAUGU